CGAAAAUGUAUACUGGUUUUUCAACUCGACAGAAAUUGAGUGCGUCGAACAAAUCGAAAUAGUAAAAAACUUCAGAUAGUAAAAAUUCAUCUAACUUAUUGGAUUUUAAAGGCAUUUGUUUCGAAAUUCUCUUUAUAGAAAAUAAAAGUUGUAUUCAUUUUGUUUGUUCCAUAAAUUUUGAUUCGUAAUUUUUACAAAAGAAGCAUAAACUAUAAACGAAAUAAGAAUGGAGAGCACCCAAAUUGAUAAAAACGGAUAUUGAAGUUCGUGUGGUUUACGUGUGAUAUAAUACAAUAAACAUCGAAGAAAUCGACAAAAUAAACGAUUGGAUAUCGUACUACAAGUAGUGUAUGAAUGUAACAUAUAAUAAUUGUUGAUGACACUGAAUUAAAAAAAAAAUUAAUCACCAUUCUUAACAAAAACAAUUGAAAAGUACCAUAACUAACGUACAAAAUGCAGCCACCACCAAGAAAAGGAAAUUACGGCAAAUACUUAAAGGGCCUACACUCUGAACAGCUUGCUAAGCUUCAAUUGAAGAACCAACAUGAAUGUGAACUACUUGAAGACAUUAGACAAUUCACAAUUAAGAGGUCUGCCAUUGAAAAAACGUAUAGUGAAUCAUUGUUGAAAAUAUCAUCAUUAUACUUAAACAAGAAGAUGGUGUGCAUUCCCGAAAUUAAGCUGGAUGGUACCGAAAAAUGGAAUAUGUGGAGUGUAUGGCAGACAGUUCUAGAAGAGAAUGAAAAGCUUGCAAAGGCUCGGUUGGCUGCGAUUGAGGUCUUUCAACAACAAAUCGCCGAUGAAGCGAAAGGUCUUCGAGAAUAUAAAAUCCAAAUUAGUAAAAAAUGCUUAAAUCAACUAGGAAAUAUUCAAAAGGAACUGCAAACUACUGUACAAAAAAUAGAUAUCACAAAGAAGUCAUAUUUCGAUGAGGAACACAGCGCCCAUGGAGUUCGCGACAAAGCUCGUGAUAUUGAAGAAAAGCUCAAAAAGAAAAAAGGUUCAUUUUUCCAGUCGAUCACAUCACUACAGAAGAAUAGUGCACGAGUCACGUCACGCAAGGAGGAACUGGAAGAGAAAUCAACAGGUGCCCGAAACGAUUAUCUUUUGAGUUUGGCACAAGCAAAUGCGCAUCAAAAUCGCUAUUUUACGGUUGAUUUACAAACUACAAUGACUACGAUGGAAAAUUAUGUUUUUGAGCGUAUCGCCGAUUAUUUAACAUUGAUGGGUCGAACUGAACUUCUAACAUGUUCCGCAACUCAACAUUCAUUUACUAAAAUUCGCGAUCAAGCUCAUCAAUUAACCCGAGAUUACAAUGUACAGUGCUUAUAUUUAUUGUAUCCAGUACUGAAGCAACACAUUCACUAUGAUUUUGAAGCCUGCGAUAAUGAUCCAGUCAGAAAAAUAACAGCAGAACACGACUCAGCUGCAGCAACAUUAAGUCGUGAAGCAAAGUUAUUUGCAUCAAAAAUUGUUCGUGAGAAUAAUUCAAUUCGAGAUAAUGCUCGAAAACUUACUGUUUGCCAACAAUUGCGCGAUUCUGGACAGCGCACUGAUCCCAAUGAUUCAAAUGGUCCCGAUUUAGAAACUAAAAUUGAAGAAUUUCGUGAGAAAAUUCGUAAAUCAGAAACUGAAAAGGCAAAAUCAGAAGCAUGUUUGGAAUGUCUACGCAUCGGUGGUGUUAAUGUUGAUGAAUGGAUUGAAGAAGCUGAAACAUUAGGUAUACAGGAACUACCACGAUCGUCAAGUUCUCUAUCAAUGCGAACUGAUGCAUCAGGACAUGGUGAACAUGCUAGCUCAGAUUCAUUCUACGAUAGUGAUAACACUGAAGCAGAAGCAUCACCAGCUCCGCAAACUACAACGAAACCUAUAACACAAACGCAAGGAGAUGAUGAUGACGAUAGUUCCAUUGCCGAUUCGGAAGAAAACUAUUCUGCGCCCGAACAACCAGAACCUCAAAUAGAGGAGUUUGCAAAUUGGGAUGAUCCAACGGCGGUUGAUUGGGGUGCUGCAGAUUCAACCAAAGACGUUGAACAAAUAAUUCCAAAUUCAACUACAUCGGUUUCAACGGCUGUGCAACCAACUGCUGAACAAAUAUUCAAGUGUAUAGCUCUGUAUUCAUACAAUGCUCAAAAUCCUGACGAGUUGACAAUUGUUGAAAAUGAGCAACUUGAAGUGAUUGGAGAUGGGGAUGGGGAUGGUUGGCUUCGGGCAAGAAAUUAUCGUGGUGAAGAAGGUUAUGUUCCACAUAAUUAUUUGGAUGUUGAACGAGAUCUCUCAAUUGAUGCUAAUGCCAAUCAAGCAUUAAGUACACAAAUCUCAUUCUCAUCAGUUGAUUAUACUGUCGAAUGUGAAGAGCCUGAUGUUCAAUCUCCCGACCAAGUAAGCGUUAUAGCCGUGCCAGUUCAAACUGAAGCACUAUCGAAAGAAUACUGCAUUGCACUCUAUGAUUACGAUGCUUCUGCUGACGAUGAAUUAACAUUCGAAGAAAACCAAAUAAUAACGAUAAUAAAUAAAUCACCGCAUGGUGUGGACGACGGUUGGUGGGAGGGCGAGUUGAAUGGAACAUUUGGAAAUUUCCCUUCUUUAGUUGUUGAGGAAUGUGAUCAAAAUGGAGAACCACUGACUGAACCGGAUAUGGAGUCACCUGAAGCAGUUACGCCACCUACAUUUGAUGCCCCACCACCUAUACCCCCAGAAUAUUAUAAAGAUUUGGAAGAUGCAGUAAACGAGGCUAAUUUACUCAAUGGUGAGUGGUGGUUUUCAUAA